AUGAAAUACUUGUCUAUUAUUUCAAUUGUUGCUCUUGCAUUAGCAGGUGAUUCACCAAUUUCAACUGACUCCAAAGGCAAGGCACCAUUAGUUGCAAGAUUUAAGAAAACAUCUAAAUCAGAUAUUGAAGGUACAAUUAAAUUUGAGCCAGCAAACAAUGGUACUGUUUUGGUCAGUGUUGAUUUAACUGGAUUGCCUUCAGGUGUUGGCCCAUAUCCAUACCAUGUUCACGAAAAGCCAGUUCCAGAAUCCAAAAACUGUACUGCUACAGGUAUGCACUUUAAUCCGUUCAAUGGUUCCACUACUGCCAAAACACCAGCUGCUUUAGAAUUGGGUGAUUUGUCUGGAAGACACGGUAAUAUUACCAGUGAAUCAUUUGAAGUUGAAUAUGACGACUCUUACAUUUCAUUGAACAAAGACAGUAAAGCUUACAUUGGUGGGUUGUCUAUUGUUGUUCAUUCCAACAAUAACACUAGAUUGAACUGUGCUAAUAUCACCACUCUUGACGAAGGUGACGAUACUGCAAGUGCUGCUACUUGGUCAAACUCUUCUUCUUCUUCUUCGUCAUCAUCGAAGAACUCAACAAAUGGAUCUUCUGGUUCAUCAACUAGUGCUUCUCAAGGUAGCGGUGCUGGUAGAGCUGAAAUAAGUGGUUUCUUGGCUGCUGGUAUUGCCGGUGUUGUUGCUGCUUUAAUUUAG